AUGGUCAAUAGUGGUACUGCUAGCAACCAAGGGGAAUCCUUAAGAAAAGGAAGUAAGAACAAGAGAAAAUUAGUUGACCCUUCUCUGGAGAAUACAACUGACCCCGGUUCUCCCCUAACUGUAUUCCCUCAGUGCGAAUUAUCUCCAGAAAUGUGUCCAAAAUUGAGUGACAAUGUGUCAGUGGAUGCUGGGGUGGUUCAGCCCAAAGAAGAAGUGGAAGCGGGAGCCUUUGAAUGUACAGAUUGGGAUGAUCCCAUUGUGUGUCAGCUGGAAGAACUGUUGCUGUCUUAUUUGCAAGCAAUUUUCCAGAGUGCAGUUAAGCAGGUUGCUGAAUGCGGGUACAGUGAGGAGGUUGCUGAAAAGGCUGUUUCCAGAGGCGGCCUUUACAUUGGCAGUAAAGACCCUCUAUCAAAUAUUGUUAAUGAUACUCUGGAAUUUCUUAACAAAGGGAAAGGUUUUGAUGCUUCAAGAGAUAAUGAGUUUGGUAAUUUACAGCACCUGGUGGAGUACACAAUGCUAGAAAUGAUCAGUGUGCUUAGGGAGGUGAGGCCAUCCUUAUCAGUUGCGGAAGCAAUGUGGUGGCUGUUGAUCUGUGACUUAAACAUUUUGCAAGCCUGUACAUCGGAAGGAGAUCCAUUAACUGCUAUUGGUUUUGAAGAAUCCUCAAGAGAGAGCUCCUCUGAUUCUUCCUCUACCCAAUUAAGAUCAGAGGCAACUAGCUUUGAAACCAUCCAUCCAAAUCCCAAUCCCAACCAAGAAAAUUCCUCAAUGCCUCCACUCUCCCAUGCUCAAGAGAGAGCUCCUCAAAACAAUUCAACUGAAGCACUCAAAUUUGGAAGUUUCCCUAACGUGCCCAACUCCAAACAUUCUCAUGUGCCUGGAGGGCUAACCCCUGAGAAAGACAGUUUGUCAUCUAUGCUUGAUAGUCUUGAAAAAUGCUUAGGCUUCACUGAGGAAUAUAUGCAAAACAAAUCUCAAACAUGUACCUCUGAAGAAAAGUCAGGAGCCGUUCGAAAAUGGCGCACCAAGAAAGAAUUAGCAGCACUUCGGAGGAAGUCCUUCCAUAUGGAGAGAAAUUACAGGGCUUAUGGAUCAAAAGGAGGCUUCAAGUCAGGGAAAGUCACAGUUGGUGGUUUCUUUGUGGAGAAGAGGAUGAAGCCUCCGCCUGAACUUCCUGGAGCACGUACAACAGUUGGUUCCUCAAAGUCAAGUGCUCAAGGUGGAGCCACCAUCCCUUCAUCAGAUGGAAGGCAUCAUGCUUCAACCUGUAGUCCAUCUGCUUCACCUGCAACAGGUUGCUCAUCAACAGUACCUGAAAAAGGUACCAUAUCUUCCUUGCCUUCUGCAGAUACCAAGUUUUCCCAGAAAUCUGGGUUGGAAGAGAUAUCUGGACCUAAGACCCCAGUUUGCACCUCCGAAUCCCCCAAGAUUCUUGAUUACUGUGCUGGCAUUCCAUAUGAUAAGUCUCUAGGAAAGUAUGUACCACAAGAUGAGAAGGAUGAGCUGAUUUUGAAGCUAGUUCCUAGGCUGGAGGAGCUGCAGAAUGAGCUACAAGGCUGGACUAAGUGGGCCAAUGAGAAGGUAAUGCAGGUUUCUCGUAGGCUUAGUAAGGAACUGCCUGAACUUAAAACACUGAGGCAAGAGAAGGAAGAAGCGGAGCAAUUUAAGAAGGAGAAACAAAUGUUGGAGGAGAACACCAUGAAGAGGCUGUCUGAGUUGGAGCAUGCCUUGAACAAUGCAACUGGCCAGGUUGAGAGAGCUAACUCUAAUAUCUGUAGGCUUGAGGUGGAGAAUUCCACACUGAAAAAGAAGUUGCUUGCUGCCAAAAAAAUAGCUUUGGAGAAAGCAAGACGUCACCUGGAUGCAUUAGACCAAGAGCAGAGAUCACUGAAAAGGGCCCAGGCAUGGGAGGGGGAGAUAAGCUCAUUGCAGGAGGAGCUUGAAACAGAAAAGAAGAAGGUGGCUUCACUUCAACAGGAUCUAGGCAAGGCAAAAAGUGUCCAUCAUCAAAUCGAGGCUAGAUGGAAACGGGAGAACACAGAAAAUGAGAAACUACUUGCACAUGCUAACUCCAUAAGAAAUGAAAGAGAACAGCGUGAAUCUUUGGCAAAAGUGGAGGAGGAUAGGAUCAAACAGAAGGCAGAAAAUGAUAUGCAGAAGUAUAUGGAAGACAUCAAAGAACUCGAGAGCAAGUUAUCUGAAUUUCAAUUGAAGUCUGACUCUUCAAGAAUUGCUGCACUAAGAAGGGGAGCUGCUGGAAGCUUUGGAGGUUGCCUGUCAGACAGAAAAACUGUGAUGGCAACAAAGGGAACCCAAAAUUUUACCAGCAUCAAGAGGGUAAUGAAUUCCGAGGACUAUUUUGGGACUGGAAGUUUGAGACAGGACCGCGAGUGUGUGAUGUGCCUAUCUGAGGAGAUGUCAGUGGUUUUCCUUCCGUGUGCACAUCAGGUUGUUUGUGCAAAAUGCAAUGAGCUUCAUAAGAAACAAGGAAUGGAGGACUGCCCUUCUUGUAGGACCCCAAUUCAACGAAGGAUCAAUGUGCAGUAUGCUCAUCCAUAG